AUGAAUCCAGUUCGCCCUCUAUUGAAGGUAACAGCGCUCGGAGCAGCAACCUUUAGCAUCACCUGCCUGUACAAGGGAAAUGAAAGGUUCUACGAAAACAUUUUCAUGCCGAUCGUUCGGCUCGCUCCGCCGGAAACUGCUCAUCAUCUGGCGGUGUUCGGCCUGAAGCUGGGAUUGAUUCGACCCGGAUAUCAAGAUCCCGGCGUUCUGCGCACCCAGCUGAUGAAUAUGGUUCUGCGCAAUCCGGUCGGUAUCGCUGCCGGGUUUGACAAACAGGGCGAAGCGGUCUGUGGACUGCAUUUGCUUGGGUUCGGCUUUGUGGAGGUCGGAUCGGUUACGCCCCAGCCGCAGCCGGGAAACCCGGGACCGCGAGUGUUUCGUCUGAAAGAGGAUAAGGCGAUUGUCAAUAGAUACGGAUUUAAUAGUGAGGGCCACAAAGUGGUUUACGAGCGGCUGAAAGAAGCUCGUCAAAAGUGUGGCGAAGAUGUUGUGUUAGGAAUAAAUUUAGGAAAAAAUAAGCUUUCUAAGGAUGCGAUCCGCGAUUACGUGAAAGGAGUGAAACGAUUUAGUGGCUUAGCUGAUUAUCUCGUUAUCAAUAUAAGUAGCCCGAAUACGCCCGGUUUGAGGACUAUGCAAAACAAAAGUACGCUUUUCGUAUUGUUGAGUGAAGUCCUGAAGGUACGGAGUUCCCUGCCGCUGGCAGAACAAAGACCUAUUAUGGUGAAACUGGCACCGGACUUGUCCGAUGAAGACAUCCAGGAGAUAGUCACAGUUGUAUGCAGCAAAGCAUGUGCCGUCGACGGACUAAUCGUAUCGAAUACAACCAUCGAAAGGCCAUCUAGUCUGAAGAGCAUCAAUGCCGGCCAGCUGGGCGGCUUGAGUGGGCAGCCAUUGUUCCAAAGAUCUACCCAACUGGUGGCCAAGGUGUACAAAUGGACCGAGGGAAAGAUUCCCAUCAUCGGCGUUGGAGGGAUUUUCAGCGGUCGCGAUGCGUACAAUAAAAUUCUGGCCGGUGCCAGCGCGGUUCAACUAUAUACGGCGUUUAUUUACCAUGGACCACCGAUUGUGAUACGAGUCAAACAGGAGCUUGAGGAGCUACUGAAAGCGGACGGGUACGACAGCGUGCAGCAAGCCGUCGGCAAGGGCGUAGAUCAGAUCUUACAAAGCCUCUACAGAAGCACAAACAACGUAGCUUUUAUAGCAGUGCAAAAUCACUCAGAAACAUCGAUCGAAAUUAACGCAAACGAACUCAAACUUUCUAAUGACUUAGAUAAAGAAAUUGAAAAUGACCCGUUCGACCUGAUGGAUUUACCAAAAACGGUCGACCCUGCGAAAUACACAUUUAGAGACGAUCACAUGAAUGAUGAAGAGAAGCAUGCCCUCAAGAAAGUAAUCAACAACUAUAGAGACGUUCUUUACGUGGAGACAGAUAAACUGUCGUUCACCCACAAAAUAAAGCACAACGUCAGAACGGUCGACAAUGUGCCAGUACACUCCAAAUCGUACAAAUAUCCUUACGUAUACGAAAGUGAGGUACAAGACCAAAUAAAGAAAAUGCUUGCGGACGGAAUAAUCAAGGAAUCUAUAUCACCAUACACCUCUCCUGUAUGGGUAGUCCCAAAGAAACCUGAUGCGUCUGGCAAAAAGAAAUUUCGUUUAGUCAUUGAUUAUAGAAAACUUAAUGAAAAAACAAUCAAUGAUAAAUAUCCCAUACCAGAAAUCACGGAUAUUCUGGAUAAAUUAGGUAAAGCAAAAUACUUCUCAACGAUCGAUUUGGUUUCUGGCUUCCACCAAAUUCAGUUGGCAAAGGAAGAUACAGAAAAACCGCUUUUUCGGUAA